AUGGCGAGGGAUCUGAUCGGGCCGGCGCUGCCGCCCGGCUUCAAGGCUCGCGGGACAGCAGAGGACGAGGAGCGAGACCCCAGCCCUGUUGCAGGACCAGCUUUACCCCCUAAUUAUAAAAGCAGUAGCUCAGAGUCAUCAGACAGUGAUGAGGACAGUAGUUCAUUGUACGAAGAAGGAAAUCAAGAAUCUGAAGAAGAUGACACUGGUCCAAGUGCAAGAAAACAGAGGAGAACUCAGGAUGAUGACGAUGAUGAUGAAGGGUUUUUUGGACCAGCUCUUCCUCCCGGAUUUAAAAAGCAGGAUGAUUCUCCUCCAAGGCCUAUAAUAGGUCCUGCAUUACCACCUGGUUUUAUUAAAUCUACUCAGAAAAGUGACAAAGGCCGAGAUGAUCCAGGACAACAAGUAUCAUCAUAUUUCAACUAUGAGGAAACAGAUAGCAGUGAAGAUGAGGACAUUGUUGGACCCAUGCCUGCAAAAGGACCAGUUAACUACAGCGUCACGACAGAGUUUGAAAAAAGGGCCCAGAGAAUGAAAGAAAAACUGACCAGAGGAGAUGAUAAUUCAUCCAAACCAAUUACAAGAGAGUCAUGGAUGACUGAGCUUCCUCCAGAAAUGAAAGACUUUGGUCUCGGGCCCAGAACUUUUAAGAGACGAGCCGAUGAGAAAUCUGGGGAUCGAUCGGUCUGGACAGACACCCCAGCUGACAGGGAGAGGAGAGCUAAGGAAACACAAGAAGCAAGGAAGUCAUUCAAUAAGAAGGAUGAAGAACAUAUAUUGUCAGGAAGGGAAAAGAGAUUGGCUGAGCAGGUGUCCUCAUACAAUGAAUCAAAAAGAUCAGAAUCUCUUAUGGACAUUCAUCAUAAGAAAUUAAAGACUAAGGCUGCCGAAGAGAAAAAUAAGCCCCAAGAACGAAUACCAUUUGAUCGUGAUAAGGAUCUCAAAGUUAAUCAGUUUGAUGAAGCUCAGAAAAAAGCCCUGAUAAAGAAAUCUAGAGAACUAAACACCAGAUUUUCACACGGCAAAGGCAGUAUGUUUUUAUAA